AUGCCUCCCCGCAGCAAGUCUACCCGCCAGCCCAAAGCUCGCUCUGCCUCGAGCGUCACGACGACGACAGCCGCCCCGGCUGAGGCUAGCAACGCGUUGAGCACCGAACCCGCCGAAGUAGGCGAUGCUGCGAGCCCUCCGCAGACGCCGAUCUCCUCAGGCCGUACGUAUGCGCAAGCAGUACGGUCGGCCCCGCCGAGCCCACGCCGUGAGAGCGCCUCGACCCGCUCUGCGCCCGCUACAACCUCCGCCGCGCCGGCACCUACGGUGACGGAGCCCAACGGCGGAGUCGGACAGGACAGCCUGGGUGAAACGUCCAUUAUGGUGUCGACGAGCCCAAACCAGUCGACCGCCUACGUGGUCCACACCCCCGCGACGGCUCCCGAGCUCGACGCCGCUCCGACCGCUCCGAAGACACGGCCGGAUGCCGUACGUCUGUCUGAAGGCCCUCCUAGCAUGUCUGGCCUCCCGUCGGGCCAUCCCGAGGGUGCCUCAGCUUUCACCGUGUACAACGAUCAGGGCAUCUUCCCGCGGGCAUCCCCGUUCCCGCCCAACACCGCCUUCCAAACCUACUCCCCCUCGCCGUUCCCCGUUGCAUCGCAGUCUCAUGAGACGACGGUGUACGCCGCGGGCAACGCGGCCACGCCUGGUGGUCCUUGGACGCUGGUCGCUGGUAGAGCUCCGAGCCGCUCCAGACCAACGUCCCUCGCCGCUGUCCGGCCCCAAGCCCCCAGCAAUGUCGAACCAUCGGCGCUCCCUGUGGACAAAGGCAAGGCGAGAGGCCCCCCUGGGGCGCCGAGUCCUCCUCGCCAGACAAGACCGCCGCCACCCAACGUGGAUGGUACGAACAUGCCGGUCAACUGGAGAGAGGUACCGCAGGAUUUCUACCACCUUGGCACAGGCGCACGCAACGACGGAGACCUCUUCACCGCCCAGACCGCGGCCGCGACUACGACGCGCAUCCAUCCCCGCCCCUCGUCGGAGGAUGAUGGGAGAAGGACGGAUCUCGGUCAUCGCGACGUUAAAAGAGUCCGCCGCCACCCGCCGGCGCAGGACGACUCGUUCGUACCCAUGUCGAAGGACUUGGAACGAAUGAACGCACAUGUGGCGGACACCGAUAUGUGGUCGACACCGCAGGGCGGGAGAACCAUGAUGUCGAAUUCCUACCCGAGUCUCUCGGACGAUCCAAUCGCACGAGCAUACGAGGAAGGCCUCCGUGCAGGACAGGCACGUAGCUCGCUCCCGCCCCAUCUCGUACCGAUUCCGACAUCGCCCUGCGAGACGACCUCGGGUAUCAACACUAGCGCGGACGAAGUCCAGCCCGCGCCCGCAUUACCACGCGAAGACGGGAGCAUCCGGGAACGACAAGAGCACCGUGAGAUUGGCGGGACCGCCUCCUUCCCCGCCGUUCGACCCCACCAGAGGCUGGCUCAAGUACAAGAGCUCUACCCUACCGCGCUGCAAGACAUCACGAAUAUGCCCGCGCCCUCCUCGAGCCACGUAAGGGGUCCCACGUCGGCCGCCAAGCCGUACUACUCGGCACGCCCGAGUGAUAUCCAGGCCCGCUAUCCGACGACGUCUGCCUGGCAACAGCAAGAGCGCGCUGCUCUACCGGACCACGACCCCUGGCGCCCGACGACUUCGAGCGCCACGUCGAGCUCUCAACGUUCGCUCGCGCUCGCGCGCCGCCCUCCGACUCCGCACCCCGCACGCGCCGGAGGUAGUCAUAUGCUGCACGACUACGAAGAGCUUCCGUGGCUGCUGAGCCCUACUCGUCGCGGCCUCCUGUCCCAAGUCCCGAACAUCCGAGCUCCUGCCUCGGACUACCUGGGCGCGUCAGGCGCCGCGCUCAACACCGGACGCACCUACACGGCCCGCCUGGCUACCCUUGAGCCGUACGCGCCGCAGCGGCUGGCUUUCACACCGACGCCGGCGCAGGGAUGGGACAUCAUCCAUCGAAACGACCCGGAGGAGCUGCUCGCCGGCGUAGACCCGGAGAAACUUGCGGGCCUUCUCGAGGAGGACCCCAAUUGUACCGUUAUGGUACGCCUCUACAAGACACGGUACCCCACUCCAAAUCAAAUUCGUGAGGCGACCGAGAACCUGACCACCCUCACCCGAGAAGUCACCCACGAAACCGGCUUCAAGAUCAUCCCGCCGGAUCCGUCUGCAUACGCGGAGGGCGCCCAGCGCGGCGAACCGCCAGUCUGGGCAAUCGUACGACUCUCGCGAGCGAGUGCGCGCCGCUUCAUUGAAGGACAAGUCUACUCCUCCCAACUACUAUCAGCCUUCACCUUCGCGCGCGACUCUGCGCCGGGGAGGUUCCUCUUCUCCCUGGGUGGUUUCACGCAUGACGACGACGGCGACAUCAUCAGAACCGUCUGGGAAACCUUCAAUGGACCUCAGAUUCUUCCAUCCAUCAUCCGGCUCGCUCGUGGCAACCCAGCCCUCAGCAACCUGUCCCCCGAAGAGGCCGCGAGUGUUAUCCUCGCGUCUCUCGAAGUUCAAGUGUCCACGCUCGAUAACGGCAACCUGAUAGCGGCCGUCUUCUGCGACUCGCCGACGGCAUCUAUCCCGCUCUGGCGCCAAUGGCGUGAUAGCAUGCUCGGCGUCCGGUUCCGCAGCCUGUUCAACUCAACGGCAACGGUUCGCCGCGCGGUGCGAUGCGGAGGAUGUCACAGUGCAUCGCACCUGACGCACCUCUGCCCUUUCCCCGCGGUCCCGGGAUGGAACACAUCCCCGCCGUCCGACCGCGACCAACCGCCGACUCAACGCCCCGCCCCAGGACGGAGCACCGCCCAGGGCGACCCGAACGCGCCUGCACGCUUCAACCGCGCCCCCCGCGGGCGCGGGGGUAACGCCAACCGCGGGGCCCCACGCCGCCGGCAGACUGAACGCCGAGGUGGCCGUGAGGACUUUGACCACAACGGGUAUGACGUGAAGGACGGUUUCGGCGGUGGGAACCAGGGUUUCGACCAUCAUGAUUACAUGUAG